GCAAGGAGUUUAUGCAGUGCCUUAACCUUAAACUUCGUGGUAACCAGUGCGGCAGUGGCAUUCGGAAAGCGAACUACAUACGGGAUACGCAACAAAACCCGCGGAUUCGAAAUUUAAAAGUUUAAAAAGAAAAAUAAAAAUGCAUUCGGUUUUGUGAUUGGACAAGGUUUUAAAAACUUUUUGUGUAGUUCGUAAAAGGAUAUUGGAUACAUUAGUUACAUUAUUAUUACGUACCUAAAGCACCCGUCACCAUGAGACAGCUUGCCGGGGCUCCGACGCUGCUGGCGCUGCUGCCGUGGCUGGCGCUGGCGGCUGCGUCCUACGAGCCCAGGCCCAGGGUCGGGGUGCCCGCCGGACUUAUACCUGAAUGUCCAGGAGUAGACAAGAACGCCUCAAUAUCCCCCCGGAUGCUGCAGCAGCUGCAGGUGGUGUCCCACAGGGCGUCUCCCUCGGGCCCGCCCGUGCGACGCGCCAUGCCAGUGCUAGCUGCGGCUAAGAUGCUGGCCAAGGAUAAGUUUAUUGACUUCAAGCGCAAGAAGACCGUCCUCUACGCGGUGGGGUUCUUCGACUCCUCAGUGUUCCCGCACAGCCAGGCCGUGGCCAGCUCCUACAGCCGCCGCGGGUACAACGUGCUGGUCUCCGAGACCUUCAACUUCCUCACGCACAUCUACCCCGUGUCCGUCCGUCUCUCGCGCUCCAUCGGCAAGAAGCUCGGCGAACUUCUCGUCAAGCUGACUCAGCAGGGACUCACAGCUGACAACCUGGAGCUGGUGGGGCUCAGCCUCGGAGCCCACAUCGUCGGCUACGCGGCCAAGCACUUCUACUCCGUCACUGGGCAGAAACCCUCCAGGGUAACCGGGUUAGACCCGGCUGGACCCUGUUUCAGGUCUCUACCGCCAAACAUGAGACUUGACGCGUCAGACGGGCAAAGAGUGGAUGUCUUACAUACUAAUAUAGAUGGAUUCGGUAUGGCGGAACCUAUAGGACAUGUCGACUUCUAUGCCAACGGCGGAGAAUUCCAACCAGGCGAUAUUCCGUAUGUUCCCUGUCUAGUUGUUUGUAGUCAUUUAAGGUCUGUGUUGUAUUGGUGGCAAGCUUUGGAGCACGCGAAGAAGUUUAUAGGAGUGCAAUGUGACUCGGUCCAGGAAGCUAGGUUCGCGAACUGUUAUAACAAUUCCCAGACUAAUUACUUAGGGUCAGAGACGGAUUUCAGGAAGCCAGGCAUUUACUACUUGCCGACUCAUAAUGAGUUUCCCUACUACAGGGGGAAGGAGGGGCUGAAGUCUGAGAAUGAGAUCUACAAGUCCACGGUUAGGGAGAUUAAUAGGGAUGAAAUUGUUAUUUGAUGGUAAAUUAGGUUAUAUAGAUUUAUUAAGUAGGUAGCUGUUAAAUGUUUGAUUAGGUACAAGAUAUAUACUUAAGUAGGUACUAAAAUACUUAGUUUACGUAAAUAUAUACGACAUAUUGUCGUUUAUUGUGAUGUGAUGGUUUUAGAAAAAAUUAUUAAUAACCAACCCUACGAAUUUUGAUUGACCAAGUAAGUUUCUUUUUUAUUAACGUAUCUAGCAGUUUUUAACGGUAAGAUACAUAUUUUGUGCCAUACAUUCUGUAAGUAAUACUUUUUUUUAGCAAGUUUACCAAAUCCAAAUUGUAUUUAUUUAUUUAUACAGAUUGGUAGGUAUACGUACAUAACUUGUUAGGCGAACUGUUUUUUUUUUAAGUUUAUUUUAUGUAAUCCCCAAUCCCUAUAUAGCUGUAGGUAGUUUAGACUUAAGUAAUGAAUGAAAUAUAGGGAAAUAUCUGUGAUUUUAGUGUGUAUGUUUUAUGUCGUUUUACUUCUAUAAUGUACAGUGGGCUAAAAGGAAACCUGAUUCCCACUCACUAGCAAUGUCACUAAGACGAGUCAUGAUUUUGUGCAGGUAACUGAACUUACGGCAUUGGAUAAUAAAAUGAAUGUUUA